UCCUGUUUUUUCACACCACUUCUCUCCAAAGAAGUGACAGCCCUUACACACCAAUAUGCAACAACGCUCAACAGUCCGGCUUUAGCAGUCUGUUGGAGUCAGAUUAAGGUAAUCUGAUGAGCUACAGUCAGAAUGCCUCAUCCUGUCAGUCGACUCGGUGGGACCAACACACAGUGACGACUGGAUAACUUUUUAAUUUAUUUAUUAUUUUCAUUUGGUAAGAAAAAAAACAAAACAGCUUUCUUAGACUCUGGGCUUCUGACAUGGACAUUGUGUGGGUUGUUUCACUGAUACUUGCCUUCAUGUCCACCAGAGUGAGUCUCCUUGAGGCGUCAAGGCAAGACUCAAGCUGCUCACCUGGACAUUAUAAAUCUGAUAAAGAUCAUUCCUGCAAGCCAUGUCAGCGGGGCACCUAUGCAGACAGAAACAAUUCUCUUUCCUGGUGUCAACAGUGCAGUAAUUGUCAUAGAGUGGGAGUUAAAAAACAGUGCACACCCACAAGCGACACAGUGUGCGACUGCUCUUGUGGACACUACUCAAAGGACGGCUCCUGCGAAAUAUGCCCCAAAAACAUUCCCAACGACGACGUCAAUAAAGAUUAUUAUGACAUGUGCCAAAGCAAUCUCUGUUCGAAGAACCCAGGAUUCAAGACAAGUCCCCACUUACCUCCAACUGAAUCUCAAGCGGGGAAAUUAGCUUUGACUACUGCUUCUACUACUUCACCGACAGGAAGACCGACUCUUUUCACCACACUGAAAGCAUCAAGUCCAAGUGUGGAGAAAGUGCCAAAUCAUUCCUGGCUUCUUUCGAUUGUGGGGCUUGCUACAUCUCUGCUGCUGUUUUGCUUCCUGCUGCUCUUCUGCAGGAACCUGCUCAGAGAGGAAGCUGUUCUUCCAUGUUGGAACAAAGAAAAAAACCUGCAAAGACUUCCUCAGGAACCAAAAUUGGACGAACAACGUAGUCAUCACUGCAGCAGCCCGACCACACAGACAUUUACGGUUUUUGAGGAAACUCCCAUGAUGCCGCUCUGUCAGGAGCCACCUGCUCACAUCGGCGGCCACCUGUGGCACAGUCUUCACACGGAUGCAAGGCGAUAUGAGCACUGUGACCGCUGGCCGGCCAUCGUGCUCUACGCGAUCAUCAAGGAAGUGCCUAUACGCAGAUGGAAGGAGUUCCUCCGACUGCUGUCCGUGCCCGACCAGCAGAUGGAGCGCGUGGAGAUGGAGGCCGGCCUCGGGUCCAUGGAGAAGCAGUACCAGAUGCUGAGGCUGUAUAGCCAGCGCUCCUCGGCGAGCCUGGAUGAAGUUUACUCCUCUCUGCACCUCAUGGAGCUGUCGGGCUGCGUCCAGCAGCUGCAGGAGAACCUGGAGAGGCUGCAGUGGAGGUGCGACGCGAGGCAGGCGCUCACAGCCUGACGAGGCUGCAGAUCAUCAGCAGCUGCAGCGUCGGGAAUUUUUCCUGAUGCCUGCAGCUUUAAACGCAAAGAGUGCAAAGCCGCCUGUGAUACAGACGGGAUAGGAAAUAUCAAUUCUCAGUUUGUGCCCGGGUGUUCGUGAACACUGGCGACUAAAGUUUAACACCAACAGACUACUGCAACGGCAGCAUGCAUUUCUUGAAUUGUGGAGGUGAAUAGCAUCACAGAGAGCAGUGUGAUUUCUUUAUAGGCUUGCCCACAACAUGUAUUUUUUUGUACUGUCUAACCAAAGAUAUUCAAUGUGCACACUGGAUGCAGGUUUGAUCCAGAACAGUCACUCAGAGAUCACAUGAGGAAGACUUCAUCAUGUGAAUGAAGGCACCAACGGUAGCAAUUCUCAGAAGCACUUUCUGUUUCUUUAGGGUUAGGGUUCUCCAACCUAGUUGAAAAAAAAAAGUUAUGAAAACAAGGGAAAUGACUGUCAAUUGUUACCUUCUGUCUUGAAACCUCCAAGAAAACACCACUCUACCUCUUUUUCUCUCAUGUGGGCAUCGUUUAUAGUUCAACAGUUGAGAGUCGCGGUUUUGCAGCGGUGCUCUGACGUUUAAAUAUGAGUAAGACUCGCAUCGUGUUUGCACUUCCUGUGUUUGUUUAGCUCCGGGAGUUGACCCUCCGGUUUGAUCUGUUUCUAUUCGACUAGUUAAAUAAAGACUGUACUGAAUGGAGACUUUUAAGUACAUCUGUGAUGUUAGAGCAGGCCAGCUGUCGAUAUUCUCCUUCGGCAUAAAAGUCUGACUGUACAGCUCAGCCACUGACUCUGAUUCUGGUUGCUCACCUUCCAAGAAGGAGACGACUGAAAUCCCCAAAAGGACGUCAGAUUUUCAGUUUCCUGCAAGCAAAACGGUGUCAGUGUGCAGCAGGCUGGGUUUUUCCUCACCACACUUAUUCCAUUCAAAAUUGGCUUGUGGUGUUUGAGUAUCUCACUUUGAGUUUUUUUUGUUUUUGUGUGUGUUUGUCAGUUCACUGACAGGAAAGGACUUGGACUUUCCAGUUUUUAGGAGGUUAAUAACAAGUAUUUGUGUUUGAUCUUGAAACCUAUCAUUUGUGUUGUAGAUAUUCCUUCUCUUAAUUUUAUGAAACUAUUUAUGAAUGUUAUCUGAAGUGUUUUUUUCUUUGUAUUUAAAUGCUCACUGGUCUUGUUGAUAGAUUUACAUAACAAAGCGGUACUAUAAUAUACCAUGUCCACAUGGUUACGUGUGAUAUGUAAAGAAUAAAAAAAAAAGUUGAAGCCAAGCUUGGUGUGUGGAGUGAGUACACUUGGAUUGCUGCAGCUUUGUGGACUAAUAGGUCCCUGUCAAAAGAAUUUGGGCAGGAAUUUGGAAGGGCUUUUAUUUUUCUAGUUAAAUCUCAUGAAUUGCAAAUUAUCCCUCAGUAUGAGUAACAGCUGCACUACAGUCUUUAUAUGCUUUACACACAAUGUGGUAUAUAUUAAAACAUUAAUAUGGAGCUAGAGGAAAAAAAGUUACCCAAAAAAAUAGUUUUCAAUUGAACAUAUCUGACAUCAUCACCUUUUUGAGAACAUACUGCUGAUCUGGAAAUCACAUGCAAGAUUGUCACACUCAGUUUAAAAAAAAAAAAAAAAAUAAAAAAUCCGCCUGGUUAUCAUGGCAAAGAAAUGUGUUUUGUUCAGAACAUUAAGCAUAAAUCAUUUUUGGUAGGCUGAGUUUUUCUAGCCAAGACGUAAUAUGUCGCUAAAACAGAAAGUGGGCUGAAAACACGUCAUGUUUCGAUGGAAAGAAAUUUGUGAAACAAUCAGAAACACUCGUUUAUGAUUAUUGUAGACAGAAGUCUACAAUAGUCAUUGUAGACUUCUGCGAGGAGACAGAAACAUGGUUGUUUCUAACCAUGUGGGACGUCAGUGAUCCAGAGUGAGAAGAAAGAAGAAGAAAGCCGAACAG